UGAGUUCUCUGUCAAUCCGGCUAGUCCCGACUGGGCUUCCCUUCUCUUCUGGAUAUCUAAUGGAAUCAGCACCUUCGGAAUCAAGUGCAGACGUUUCAGUAAAUACUACUGUCUGGACGCCUAUCAUACCCAGGACUCUCGCACAGUCGAUGACCCAGGAGACACUUCAGUUGAGAGGGUGACUGCACAGACUCUGAACGAAGAGGCCUGUGAGGCCUGGUUUAGAAUUCUCAUCGAAUCCAAGUGGUCGCAAAUUAAUAUGGUAGACUUCUAUUUUAAAAAUGCACCUUGCUGCACGAUGCAGGUGAACAAGUACAUGUUCCAUGGGUGGCAAAAUCAAAAUAUGAAUCCAGAUGACUACAUGGCGAAACUGAUCGAUUAUGAAAAUGAAGACAAACCUCUCAACUUUAUUGCGGCACAUUUCCUGGAUGAAUUCUGCCUAAAUAUGAUUUUGGAUGUUGGUUUUGGUCCUGGAAAUCUCCGAAGGGACCACACAGUAAGUGUCAAGGAAGGUUAUCCAUACGUGCUAGCUGGUCAUGAUUUUGGCGAUAUCGGAAACUCCGAAAUAAAUUCGAAAACGUUUGACUAUGAGAACAUCAGAGAGGAGCUGACGUUUCAUUGGUUCAAACAUAACAUCAUGUGUCUAGACAACCCUUGGAUUUGCGAAGACCCGAAGAAUCGGAAAAAAUCCAAACAAGGGAAGAAGGAGCCUAAAAAAGACAAAUCAGGAAAAGGCGGCAAUAAGAAAAAGAAUAGAAGGAGAAAUAAAGAUGAAGCGAGCACUUCUAAAAAAACUGAAUUCAGGAGACGGCAUUUGAGAGAGUUCAGAAGCAGAAAGAGGCAUCUUAAAUACAGUCAUCUUAACCACUGCCCGAGAUUCUAAUAAAAAAUGUUAUUCAUCCAAU